AUGCUCUCCAAGAACAAGAACAACAAGAUCACCGUCGUAGCCAAGCACAUGCCCGGUGACUACGACAUCGAAUAUGCCUCCCCGUGGGCCGGUGCUAAUAGUCUGAUUUACCGUCGAGACGGGGACCUGGUUGGCGGAUACUUCCCGGACGGACUCUUCGAGAAGGACCCCUGGUUCAAAGAAGUGCUUCCCAAGUAUCGCGAGUUGGACUCCUCAGAGGUGCUGCCGGGGCACGACUCGGGCGCAGAGGUCGACAGCAUCUGCAUAAACACAGCCAUCUAUCUCCCCUGGCUGCUGGGGCAAUGUCUGAAAGCAGGCGUAGUGGUCAAGCGUCACAUUCUCACACACAUUAGCGAAGCUAAGGCGCUGAGCCACACGGGCAAGGCAGCAGACAUCAUCGUCAACGCCACUGGUCUCGGGUCAUUGAAGCUCGGAGGCGUCGAAGACAAGAAUAUGGCGCCGAUCCGAGGCCAGAUUGUCGUCGUGAGGAAUGAGUGCACCCCGAUGGUCUCUACCUCCGGCACCAACGACGGACCAACUGAGCUGCUGUAUAUCAUGCAGCGCGCCGGCGGAGGUGGUACGAUCCUCGGCGGCACCUACGACAAGGGCAACUGGGAGUCGCAACCCGACCCGAACAUUGCGCAGCGAAUCAUGACAAGGGCUGUUGCUGCCAGACCAGGGCUUACCGAUAACAAGGGCGUGGAGGGACUCAGUAUUGUGCGCCAUGGUGUUGGACUGAGGCCGUUCCGAGAGGGAGGCGUGAGAAUUGAGGAGGAGAAGCUGGCAGACGGGACAUGCGUAGUGCACAACUAUGGGCAUUCGGGAUGGGGGUAUCAGGGCAGCUACGGCUGUGCUGAAGCGGUCGUUGAGCUGGUGGAGGAGAUUCAGAGACAACACAAGGCCAAGCUUUGA